AUGGCGCAGCGUGGAGCAGCAUGGACGGAGGACGACGAGCAGGAGGUGAAGCAGUCGCUCCACCAGAAGGAGGCCAUCACGGCGCAGAUGAUCGGCAUCAUCUCGGCGCGACUCAACUCGCUGCAGACGACAGCGAACAACCGUAAGCACGGGCUCGAGUGCGACCUGCGGGUCAACUCGGACUACUGCUCCAAAAUGGUCCCUCCGCUCGUGGACACACUGGAAAGCCGAGGCGCCGCAGCCGCCAAAAGCCGAGCCACCUCGUCCACUACACUGGCGAGCAACCAAGCCAUGCUGGAGCGGCUGUUUGGUCCAGACGAGAAGACUCGAACCCACGCGCAAGUGCUCAAGAAGAAGAAGCUGGAGGUUCACAAGGGCGACAAUCGCCGGAAUGCGCGAGGACAGAUCGAGAAGCAACUGCAGGCGAGCAUCGAGGGCCACAUCACUCGAACCGUCGAGAGCUUCGUGUAUGGGAUGAAUGACGCAGACUUCAACACUGGCGGGGCGACGAAUCUAAGGAGCAGCGUCUACAUGAACACCAACCUGCUGCUGCUGCACACGUUCGAGCGGAUCCACACCAACCACGGGCGGCGUAACUUCAAGCGCUUUCUAUUGUCCGAGUUGUCGGGGGCGCUCUUUGAGGAGGUCUUCUGGCUCGUCUUCUGCCAUUUCUACCAGAAGAACUCGCUGGCGCAGCAGCGAGCACUCGCAGACGAGAUCAGCUCCAAGUACGUGAAAAUGGUGGCUGCACUACGUGGGAACAUGGACUACCUGUUUCGCGUUUACCCAUACGCCAUCGCCAGCGCGGUCUGUUGGGGGUUCCACUACCUCUUUCCAGGCUCUCGCCACCUUUACUCGACCGAGUUCAAGAACGACGUCUACCUCUUCGUGUGCCAAUUGUUGCUUGGUCUCAAGAUGACGCCGGCCUCGGUGCAAUCCAUGCGACGGCAAUACUUUCCCGAGGAAAUUGUGGACGAUCUGGGCGCCAAGAUCAAGCCUAUGGGCAAAUUGUCAGGCUCUGCCUCUGCUGGGGCGAUAGGCGAUGGCGCCACGCAAGGAGGUAGUUCGGCAAGGAAUGGAGGCUUUCCUGACAUUUCCCACCUCCCGAGACUUCUAUCGCCGCAAACCUCGCAAUCGCUUGCGAAAUCGGCCAGUGAACCGUCCUAUCUGGGGAAAUUGGCGAUCGGAGACAACAGCAUCGCCAAGAUCCUAGAAUCGCCUGCUACACCAGUCUCAAGUGCGGAUCUGGACGACGAAGAUGGCUUCGGAGCUUCACACCGCCUUCGGCGCCACCAGCAGCGGGCCCUUUUUAACGCGGCUCAGCUGAGCCCUCUCAUGAAGCAGUACUUCCGAUCGCCGACCAAAAACGCCAAGAAGGCGAGCUUCGUGCUGCGCACCACCCCAGCUGCCGACUGCGUCGUCGGUGGGGAGGAGACAUACCACAAAGUUUACCGGCGCAAACCGCAGAAGGGGUACGCGGCCGAAGCGCAGCGGCAACACGAGAAAUGUAUGCGAGAGAUUCAAAAGGAGCAGCGCGACACCAAGCGCGAAAUCGCCGCGCUACACGAAACCCGGGACCUCGUGCUCGGCAGCGGGAAAAAGGCACUGCAGGCGUAUUGCACUGUUUUGAUGAGCCGGAAACAUGUGAGCGACGAAGAAGAUGUGGCCCCGACCACGGCAGGGUGCGCAACGAACCAGUAG